CGCUCGACCGAUCGAGCCCAGUUACUUCUCACCGGCCGGCGACCAUGGGCGCCGCAGCCUUCCUCGAGCCGAACCAGCGCGCCGCCGUGCUGGCCAUAGGCACGGCGAACCCGGCGAACUGCGUUCUCCAAGACGAGUUCCCCGAAUGGUACUUCCGGGUCACCAGGAGCGAGCACCACCCCACGCUCAAGGCCAAGAUGAAGAGAAUAUGUGAGAAAUCAGGCAUCAGGAAGCGCCAUUUCCACCACACGGAGGAGAUGAUCGGCAGCCAUCCCGAGCUCCUGGACCGUGCCCUGCCAUCCCUCAGCGCACGGCUGCGCAUCACCGCGGACGCCCUGCCCGAGCUAGCCGCCGCCGCGGCGGAGAAGGCGAUCGCGGAGUGGGGCCGUCCGGCCACCGAUAUCACGCACCUCAUCUUGAGCACCAACUCCAGUGGCGGCGUGCCGGGCCCGGACGUCCGCCUGGCGGCGCUCCUCGGCCUCCGCCCCACCGUGCAGCGCACCACGCUCUACCUCCACGGCUGCUCCGCCGGCGCCGCCGUGUUCCCCAUCGCCAAGGACCUCGCCGAGAACGACGACCGGGCGCGGGUGCUGGUGGUCUGCGCCGAAACCAUCGUCAUCGGCUUCGGCGCCCCCGACGAGGCUAACCCCAACGGCCUGGUCGCCAACUCCCUGUUCGGCGACGGCGCCGGCGCUGCGAUCAUCGGCGCCGGCCCAGUGGCCGCCGUCGAGCGCCCCAUCUUCCACAUGGUGUCCUCCUCGCAGUCGACGUUGCCGAGGACGGAGCCUGCCGUCUUGGUCCGUCUCGGCGAGAGCGGCCUUGGCUACAACCUGUCCGCUGAGCUUCCAGCUCUGGUCCGCAGCAGCAUCGAGAAGUGCCUGGUGGACGCGUUGGCGCCGCUGGGUCUCGCCGCCGGCGCGGGCGGCUGGAACAGCCUCUUCUGGGCGAUGCACCCCGGCGGCCGUGCGAUCUUGGACAGCUACGAGGCCGCUCUUGGGUUGGAGCCGGGGAAGCUGGCGGCCAGCCGGCAUGUGCUGGGUGAGUACGGCAACAUGCUCGGCGCGACGAUCAUCUUUGUUCUCGACGAGGUGCGGCGCCGCCGCCAAGGUGGUGACGCUGGCGGCGACGUUGCCUGCGAAUGGGGCGUCAUGCUCGCGCUCGGACCUGGACUCACUGUCGAGACGAUGGUGCUGCAUGCUGCUGGCAGCCGGGACGAGAAAUAGCUCGCCAUCUCAGCUAAAUGAACAUUCUUGUGUAACCCGGGGAAAUGUUACUGCCAAAGGGCAUCACCCUGCGCACCCAGACCUCAAAACUGUUAGAGCCUUACAUGUAUGUGGAUGAUAAUAUUGGUAUGGUGUAUGUGUGAGUUAUGGAUGGAAGUCUAGAGUUGCUAAAAUCACAAGAAGUAUGCUUCCUUUCUUAGUUUAUAUUUUCCCAUCGAUAACA